AACAGCCUUGCCCUUGGCACCCCACAAGAGUGACACCAGACAUAUUCCAGGAGUUGGAUCGACCAUAGCCUGUAGUGCUGGGUCCCUUCUAAAGGUUGCUGAAUUUAAUCUAGUGAAGAUACUGCAAUUUCUUUGGAAACACAUGACCCACAGCUUCUUGGCUUCUUUAGCCACUGAAGAGAGAUUUAGUCAUCACCCAGUGUCACAAGGAGGGUGACUCACAAACUGGGAACCUGAGCACUCCUCACACAUGUUGGUACUCAAAGCUUGACGGACGGCAGCCCAGGCUCCUCCACCACAAGAGGACCAGCGAGGUCAGGGUGGCUCAACUCUUCCUUCCUCCAGCGCAGCGGGCAGGUUGCAAUCAGCCCAGCAAGUCCACAACAGCUUUUGUGUCCCAGUUCAUCUUGAAUAAGGACAUCAUCUUCUUUUAUUGUUCGAGAAAGGACUACCCCUGUCACAUACAGGAGAAAAAUGUUCUUUUGGUUGUUAGCCCUCCUGAUCCUCUGUCAUUUUCUGUGGAAUUAUAAAAGACAACUAAAGAUUGCAGACAUCACUGAUAAGUACAUUUUCAUCACUGGGUGUGACACGGGCUUUGGAAACUUGGCAGCCAGAACUUUUGAUAAAAAAGGAUUUCGUGUAAUUGCUGCCUGCCUGACUGAAUCAGGAUCAAAAGCUUUAAAGGCAGAAACCUCAGAGAGGCUUCACACUGUGCUUCUGGAUGUAACUGACCCAGAGAAUGUCAAGAGGACUGCCCAGUGGGUGAAAGACCAAGUCGGGGAAAAAGGACUCUGGGGUCUGAUCAACAACGCUGGUGUUCUCGGUGUGCUGGCUCCCACCGACUGGCUGACGGUGGAGGACUACAGAGAACCUAUUGAAGUGAAUCUGUUUGGACUCAUCAAUGUGACAUUAAAUAUGCUUCCCUUGGUCAAAAAAGCUCGAGGGAGGGUUAUCAAUGUCUCCAGCAUUGGGGGUCGACUUGCAUUCUGUGGAGGAGGUUAUACUCUAUCCAAAUACGCAGUAGAAGGCUUCAACGACAGCUUAAGACGGGACAUGAAAGCUUUCGGCGUGCACGUCUCAUGCAUUGAACCAGGAUUGUUCAAAACAGCGUUGGCAGAUCCACUAAAGACCACCGAAAAAAAACUCGCCAUUUGGAAGCAUCUGUCUCCAGACAUCAAACAGCAAUAUGGAGAAGGUUACAUUGAAAAAAGUCUAAACAAACUGAAAGGCACUUCCUCCUUUGUGAACAUGGACCUCUCCUUGGUGGUGGAGUGCAUGGACCACGCUCUCACAAGUCUCUUCCCUAAGACCCAUUAUGCUGCUGGAAAAGAUGCCAAGACUUUCUGGAUACCUCUGUCUCACAUGCCAGCAGUUUUGCAAGACUUUUUAUUGUUGAAACAGAAAGUAGAACUGGCUAAUCCCAAGGCAGUGUGACUCAGCUGACCAAAAAUGCCUGCCCACAGCUAUGAGAUUGGCUGAUUUCAAGGACACGUCUCCUUUUCAAUGUCAUCCGUUACCUAAUCCAACAUGGACUCAUUUAGAUCAUGCUUCUUUUGAUAAAUGAAGGGGUCCCACCAUCACUGGUGAUGUCCCAGGGGCCCUUCUCAAGCCUUCGAAAAGAAGGGCAGGGAUGGCACCUGCCCAAUAUUUGGGUUUUACCUGCUUGGUAUGAUGAAAGGGAAAUUGAAAGCUUUCCCAUCCAAAAUGAUCUCCAUUGCUGCCUGCCCCAUGCUUCUAGUCCCCACCACUUCGAGUAACCCCUGAAUGUUAAAUAUUUAUCCCUUAUCAAAAUGUUCAGAGAUAAGUAGAAUACUUUCAUAAGUGGAUUAGAUGUGCUCUGUUAUCUUGCUAAGAAUAAGACUGACGAACUGGAGCUCAGUUCAGAAGGCUUUGAUGGGGCAGGAGAAAGAAGGGUAAUGAAGCCUUACAUAUGUGACUGGUAUAAGCGAAGGGGCAGCAGAAAAACACUAGGUAGGACUAGUAGGAGGGAAGGAAAGGAGGAAAAGGAAUAAGAGGACUGAAAGAAAGAAAUAGGUAAAAAGUGGAGGUAGGGAGAUCCCAAGACAAGCCAGCCCAUCUAUUCUAGAGGGAGCUAUGGAGAAUGAACAGCCUGUUCAAUGCCACUGUGAACUCUGACGCACACACAGCUGUCUGUGGAAAGAUGGCAACAACAGAGAAACCACUCAUUCCGAAAGAAGAAAAAUGGGGGCUAUUUACGUUUAUUCUGGUGAUUGUAAAUAUAAUAAGACCCAGAACAGCUGAUACAACUUACACCUGAGAUGGUUGGAAAUCCUGUAUUUGAGGUGUCUCUGAAGACCCUUGAAGAUACAGAGCUAAAUUAGAAGACUCUCUUUAGCCUCAGUUACAGUGAGAGCGGGCCUGUUCCUUGCUCGCAUUCAUGGUUCUAAAUUGAGUUGACCCUGGGCCCACACCUCAUCCCAAAGAAACAGAGCCCUAAGUGGAUGUUUCCCAAGAUUCCAGCACCCAGCAUCACUCACAGUGGUCGGUUGAAUAUUUACUUGAAAAAGCCUGAAGUGUCAAAAUGCAACAUUUGUUGUAGAAUAAUGUAGGCUGAAAGAGCCAGAGAAAUUAUUCAGUGGGCAUGCACACACACACACACACACACACACACACAACUUACUGUGAAGAAAAUAUUUGAUAUCUGCUGCUUGAAACCAUGUUCACUUGAAGAUACCAGUAAUUCUAUUCAUUUUCAUUCACUUUUCUGGAAACAUCUGCUUAUGAGUAACAUCUGGUUAUGAGUAACAUCUGCUUAUGAGGUAACUUUCUCCUUUCACAUUUACAACAUGUUGAUGACUUUGAAAACUCAAAUUUCCAAUGGUGUCAGUCCACCUGGACAUUUAUUUCAUUAUUUUGAGGGAAGAUACACUCACCCUUUUUGCAUAAAAAUGAAGAAAAUCACAGCAAGAAUCAGAUAGAAGAAGGCUCAGGCAAAGUUAUCUCAACUACUGUCACUACCUUCCUGUGAAGUCCUCUCCGUCUUGGCCCCAGCCCCAGAGACAGUCUACCUGUAGGUCUCUGAUUUCUUCUGGUUGCAUUAACCCCCUAUGGGUUAUGUGACUCUUGCUCAGCUGGCCCUUGGAGCUGAAGAUCACCAACAUUGUUUGCAGGGGCUCCUCCUUCUCAUUUUGAAUUCUCAGAUCUUGUCUUCAUUUCACUGCUUUAAAAAUGCCUGGCCAGGGGCCGGCCCCAUGGUGUAGUGGUUAAGUUCAGCACACUCUGCUUCAGCAGCCCAGGU